AUGGGCAAACAAUCUAUCUUCCAGCAAGCGCAGGAAGCCUGCGCCUAUCUGCGUGAGCGUUUGCCAGCCGAACUUCAAAAGCCCCGAUUUGCCAUAAUUUGCGGAUCGGGCCUAGGCGGACUUGCAUCAUCAGUGAGUGAGAGUCCCAGAGCUGAAUUUGAAUAUGGGUCGAUCCCGCAUUUUCCCACUUCAACCGUCCCUGGUCAUAUCGGCAAACUCGUCUUCGGCAUUCUUGGGACAGAUAUUCCUGGGAUAUUGAUGGUUGGUCGAUCACACUAUUAUGAAGGACACACGGUCGACCAAGUCACGUUCCCCGUCCGGCUCUUCAAGUUACUAGGAAUUGAAAUGAUCAUUGUCACAAAUGCAUCAGGAGGAUUGAAUCCUGAAUACGAAGUUGGGGAUAUUGUAGUGCUGAGUGAUCACAUCUUUCUUGCCGGUCUUGCCGGAAUACAUCCACUUCGUGGCCCGAAUGAAGAGGAAUUUGGCGUUAGGUUUCCUGCUCUGUCAGAUGCCUAUGACAUUGGGCUUCGCAGGACUAUCCACCACGCUUGGGGAAAAGUGAUAGGGGCAGAAAAUAAAAGACGGCUGCAUGAGGGUGUCUAUGCAUUUGUUGGAGGACCAAGCUAUGAGACGAGGGCUGAAUGCCGACUAUUAAGACAGCUUGGUGCAGACCUUGUUGGGAUGUCAACGGUUCCUGAGAUCAUAGUGGCACGGCACUGUGGGAUUAAGGUACUCGCACUAAGCCUGGUGACGAAUAAGGCGGUCUUGGCUCCAGUCCCGCGUGGAGAUGACAGGCUUUUGGAACAUUCGACAGUGGAGGAGCUCGACACCAUCGUCGAGGAGGGCAAGGCGACGCAUGAAGAAGUUCUUGAGGCGGGCAGGCUUGCGGCUGUAGAUGUGCAGACACUAGUACAGCAGGCACUGGUAGAUAUUUUUGCGGCAGCCGAAAAUUAA